UCAUUAGUCCCUUUAUCCAACUGGAAUAAAUUGCUUGCAGGACACAUGUGGUUGCUGCAUCUUUGUGUGUGUGAAUGUUGUUAUUUUCUUUCUUCUCCGCUAUACGUCUGUCCUCGGUCUCUCACUCGCUCUCUCUACCCCUCCCAUCAUCUCAGUCACCCAGACACAGACACACGCACAAUCUCGCGCAGUGGGCAGGCACGCGCGCGCACACACACUCUUUCUUGAGGUUCUGGGAGCAGCGGCAGCUGCGGUGGUUGGCGUUGAAAUACAUUGGCCGUUGACUGGAGUUAGCUGCAGCUCUGUUGGUUGAAUUAAUGGAUGAUAUAACGAGCCUUUUAGGAUUGGAUUCUCGUAUUGGAUUUUCACGAGAGAGGAGGAUAUCUAUUCUGGGAUUUGUUUUAUUUAUAUGCGCUCCAUUCUAUGCGCCUUUUUUCUCUCCCCACCCUUUCCAGGUGUGGUGUCGUCGAGGACGAGCGGGUCUUGCGCGGUGGAUUUGGCCUCCGCUACACUCUGCAAUCUGUAGAGUUUUUCAGUGGAGGUCAGGGUAAAGGGCGCUAUUAUUUCUCUUUUUUUUCCUCAAAGGGGGGCUCUUUUGUUUUCUGCCUAUAGCUCCCAUGGUGAAUUGAGCAAUUGUCGGAGAACAGCCUCUACAGAUAAACUGCCGAUUCUCUACCCAUCUAUUCCCCCUCCACCCCCUCCCCCAAUUCCCCUCCACCCCUCCCCCAAUUCCCCUCCACACCAAAAAAACUACAUUCACCUGAACCAACCCCCUCCAACCUUCCUUUCCCACACCUCCAUCUAUCCUCGCCAUCCUCCCUCCUUGCUUCCCAUGCCCCAUUUUCUUCAUCCUUACCCCUGCCACCCCCUCCCCUUCCGCAGCAUAGCGGCUACGUAAUGCGCCUCCCGACGCAUGCGAACAGGGAUGCUACAAAUGGUGGUUCGGACUGAUCGCUGACAUAAAAAAAAGGGUGAUGCCUGGCGCAACCACCACCGCCGCAAUGGAUCAGCCCGGGAAAACGCAGCAGAUGCCAAUCCACCGCAGUCUGGAUUGAGAGGCGGCUGUAGUAGCUUGCCUGUGGAUGUGAAUGACUAAACGUGCGUGUGUGUGUAUGCAAGCGUGCACGCUGGUCCUCCGUCAUGUCUCUCGCCUGAUCCAUUGCACGGGGCGACCCUGCUGAUGUGGGGGAGGCACUAAGCCUCAGGUUGGCCUCCCCCCGAACCCAGUAGUAGCCCCCGUGGCAGGCCGCUUGCCCCUGGGGUCGCUAUGAAGAAUACCCGCAGCACCAACCUGCGGCGGGCCUGGCCCAGUUCGGACCUGUCCGAGCGGCUGCCAGAGCGCACCCGCUCCCGGAGCGAGAAGGACUUCCGUCUCCAGCAGAAACACCACCACACUCCCCCUCCUCCACCCCACAUCUCACCAGGCCCCCCCCAGGGCUACCAAAUGCCAGGUGAUGUGUCUCCCAUCAGCAUGUCUCCUAUCAGCCAGUCCCAGUUCAUCCCACUGGGGGAGAUCCUGUGUCUGGCUAUCUCAGCAAUGAACUCUGCUCGGAAGUCCGUCAGCCAGGAGGCGCUGAUGGAACACCUCGCCACCUGCUUCCCAGGUGUUCCGACACCGAGCUCGGAAAUUCUGCGACAUACCCUAAACAUGCUGGUGCGAGAGAGGAAAAUCUACCCAACACCUGAGGGCUACUUCAUUGUCACUCCCCAGGCCUACUUUAUCACCCCCAACCUCAUCCGAUCCAACAGCAAGUGGUACCACCUGGACGACCGGCAGCAACAACAACAACAGCAGCAGCAGUGUACCUCCCCACAGUCGGGCACCAUCACGCCCUCCACCCCGGGCUGCACGAGGGAGAGGCCCAACCAGAAGAACCACGGUGACUCCUACAACACGUACCGCGAUGAUACACCCAUUCCUCAUGCCCCGGCUUACCAGAGGAAGUCUCCCAAGGAGCCUCGGGGAGAGCCCCCCUCCUACCCUGAGCCCCCUCCGGCUCCCGUUCAGACGUCACAGUUGCAAGAGCCUCUGAUGGACAAGAGCAAGAGCAAUGCCCCCUUCCCCUACAAGACUGACACGCUGACCAAAAAAAAGGAGGGCAGUGGUGGUGGCAGCAGUGCCGAGAAGCAAUCAAAGAAAUUUGGGCUGAAACUGUUCAGGAUGAGCUUCAAGAAAGACAAGCUGAGGCAGCUGGCCACGUUCUCGGCCCAGUUCCCCCCAGAGGAAUGGCCCCUCCGCGAUGAGGACGCGCCUGUCAUCACCAUCCCCCGCACUGUGGAGAUGGAGAUCAUCCGGCGGAUCAACCCAGACCUGACGGUGGAGAAUGUGGCACGCCACACGGCCGUGAUGAAGAGGCUGGAGGAGGAGCGUGCCCAGAGGAGAAAAGCAGGCAGCUCGGCUGAGCACAGUGCACGCAGCCGGAGGAGUCGUGGUCACCGUCGGGUGCCGCACGGCAAGUCCCGUUCACACAGCAAGGCUCGCGUCUCCCGGGGUGGCCCGUCCGAGAGUUCAAACCUGAACAUGGCCAUGGUGGACAGGGAUUACAGCCGCUUCUUCAGCCACUCGCUGGUGCGCUCCCCUCGUGAGGCCAUGUACACAUUGGAGCGCAAACGAAGCGGCGGGACUUACAUAGUCCACAGUAACCCCAACAUCACAGAGUCCCACUUCCCCGUCACCCCAGAGUGGGACGUGUCCGGAGAGUUGGCAAAAAGGAGGACAGAGAUGCCUUUCCCCGAGCCCUCGCGUGGGACAUCCAGCGGGAGAGUGCACCGAAGCCACAGUCAAACUCAAGAAGGAAGGAAGUCGCGCGACGAGAUGCCCGAUCAGGCUAAGGAGAGGUCCCACUCCAUGGAUAACGCUUUGAGCCCUCUGGGUGGAAUGAGCACCUCUUUGGGGAUGUCAGAGGACUAUGAGCGGAGUCCCGACGAGCGGAGUCAUUACUACACAGAUGAUGGGACUUUGCGGGCCUCCCAGAAGUCGUCCCACUACUCAAGGAUCAUGUUCUCGGCUGCCAAGUUCAACUCUGAAAUGUAUGUGCCUGAUUUGGGGAAGGGGAGCUUAGGGAAGGGGAGCUUGGACGAGUCUAGGAUCCGAAGCCCACUGGAAAGGAACAAGAGCAGAGACAGCUUGCCGGCCUACAGUGAUCUGAAGGGACUCUCGCCCAAGCCCUCGGCGGACGACUACUUCCAGUGCAAUACGUCGAACGAAACAAUCCUUACCGCCCCUUCACCUCUGUCAAAAGCAGACCACGACACGUUAACCUCGUCUGAGGGAAUCCGGAAGGGCACUCCGGCUGAUCGCCACACCCCUCACCUUACCUCUCCCCUCACAAUGGAAUACAAAGAGGACUCUUUGGCAAAGGGACAAAACGGCUCAAAACGGCCAACACCAAGCCAGACCCCAGAGCCCAUGCCUAAUGGACGUUUGAUACAACACCAACACAACGUAGACCCUGGAGGGGGAGGCGGUGGUGGUGGGGCAGACAAGAGGAAGGAGAUCUUCAGCAAGGACACUUUGUUCAAGCCUCCACACAACGCGUUGACUGCAGGCUACGUGGAGGGCACCUACACCAAGUCGGGCACCCUGCGAAAGACCCCACACAUCAAAUCAGUCGAUGUUCUUGACAAUCUAGAGGCCCAGCAGCCUUCGAAUUCAGCAGCUUCCCCCGCUUCCGCCCUGGGCCUCCAGGGCUCCGAGCCAGCGGUCCCGUCAGCCUCCGAGGCCGCCUUUGACUACUACAAUGUGUCGGACGAUGACGAGGAGGAGGAGGAGGAGGUGGUGGUGGAGGAGGCCUCACGGGAGGAGUUAGUGGCGGCAGAGGUCAAAGGGCACGGGGAGGGUGAAGUCGGAACCAUGCAGUGGCUUCUGGAGCGGGAGAAGGAGCGUGAUCUGCAGCGCAAGUUUGAGACUAACCUCACACUGCUCAGCCCCAAGGAGACAGAGAACAGUAGCAGCCAGAAGUCAGCACACUCGGCACGUCUGGAUAGCAUGGACAGCAGCAGUGUGACUGUAGACAGUGGAUUCAACUCCCCAAGGACACGUGAAAGCCUGGCUUCCAACACGUCGAGCAUCAUGGAGAGCAAUAGACGACAGAAUCCAGCAUUGAGUCCGGGCCACAUGGGCACCACCAGCAUUGGUCCGCCUUUCAGCUUUCGCACCAUCCCAGAACCCCCCCAUACCGCACAGCCUGAGAAACUGCAGAAAUCUUCAACCUGCCUGGCAUCCAUCACCAGCGUCUGACCUGACAUACAGACAGACAUACAUCAAGGCCUGAAAUGGAGGACGUGGAUUAUUAAGGUUAUGGUAGGGACCAUUGGGGGUAAUAGGGGGGGUGGAGAAGGCAGAAGUUGGGUCACGUUGUGCCCCCACCUUCUCCUCACCCAUCCAGACACACAUGUCCACCCUCCCUCACCCAACCCCCAGAAAAUCCAACUACUACUGGGACUGUUAACCACACAGGCAUGGCUUCCAGAGACUGUUCCCACAGCUUCAAAACUUCACUGCAAAAAACAAACAAACAAAAUGACAACCACAAAAUGAAGAAACUAUCUUGACCUUGAUUCAUUUUGUCUCCCAUUGCAAGAGAGCCAAUCAGGAAUUAUCUUGAUUUGGAUUAUAUUGACUUUAAUUUUGUUUUUGGGACAGAUUUCCAGAUUCCUCAAUGUUGGUAUUAGAGAAAUGUAGUCACAUUUUGGAAAAUCUAUACUUUUACGUGUUAUUUCCAAUCCAUGUCCAAUGAAAUGUUUUCUAUCAAGAAUUAUAAAUAAUUUAUCAGGAGAAUUAUCUUAUUUGUAUGUUGAUGUUGAUGCACAGUAUUAAAAAUAAUGAAGGAAGAGAUAAGGAGGUGGAAAGGCAAAAUGUCAGAGGUUCCAAUUUGUGUAGUGCAAAGCAAAAUAGGCUAUUGUAGUUCUAUCCAUACAGUAUCAUUUAUUCAUAAGUACAAUAAUGUAUACUCAAAACUUUUUUUAUAUUUAAGUGACUGAAACGAAAUCAUUCAAAUGAAUAAUGACAAUUUAGUAAGGGAAACGGUUGUUUUACAUUGUUAGUUGAAUUAUUACGUUUCCAUCCUGGAGCACUAAUGUGCCUUUUCUGUGGUAUUUAUGACUAAAUAAAAAAAAUAUUGAAAAAAUUCUUUAUCCAACACAUAAUCUCAGGUCAUAAGAAUUUAUUCUCUUGAACACACGCACACACACACUCUGUGAUCUUGUUGGUGGUGUGUGAGGAGUUUGCCUUGCUGAUCAGUGGCGCUCUGAGUGUUGUAAUUGGUUUGAAAGGACUUGACUUUUCUGUUUGUUUCAGAUGUGUUUGCCUUUUCACUACAUGUUUGCCAGAGUGUGCAUAGAUGAACCAUAAAAUGGUUGCAGCGGGUGCAAAUUGUAACUAUAUAUCCCAGGGGUAUAGGACAGACAAACACCUUGUUUCCCUAAACAUGUUUAUCACUAUCAUUGCCAGAGCCAUCAAGGCAUUUAUACAACUUAUGUCUGCGGUAUUUCUCCUUAAGUGUUGUUUCAUGAAAUUGACCAGCUACUAAAUUGUCUUGCCAAUUGCAAAAUCUCACAAAAAUAUUAGAGCAUGCGGAAUAGCGAUGGCUACCUUGCAAGAGAAGAGUGAAGAGUUAUUGCAGUCCUGCCUCUUUAUUCGCAAUAUUGUUUGUAUCACAAUACUGUAAGUAUCGUGUUUUGGGAAUUUGUUUUUCUUGUACAGGUGCUAAGAUUUCUAUAUGAAACGCUCGAUUCCAUCCUUAAUGCUGAAGAUCUGCUUUUUAGCAUGAUUGACAAUUAAAGGCAAUGGUUUGAAAGGACUUUACUUUUCUGUAAAUUGUCCUGAAACAAGUAUCAAAGCUACAUUAGGGGUUAAGUUAAUUACCCCCCACAUGCAGAAUUGCAAUGUGCAUUAUUGAAGGAAUUUAAAUAUGUCUGGUGCCCAUAAAACACAGUAAGUUUAUCAAUCUUGCAUGAUAGUGAUCAAUUAAUGAACUACACAUCCAAUUGUACAAUUGUAUUCACUUCUACUUUGAAACUCUUU